AUGGCGGAAGCAGGGUAUAUGUUGCUGUACGUCGGUGAUAUUGAGCCGACAGUGACAGAUUAUGUUCUGUUCGAUGCGUUUUCCCAGAAUCUUGAAGAGUCCAUCGGCCACAAAGCACUCUACGACACAUUUCGGAGUUUUGGAUCCAUUCUAAGAUUCAAAUUGGCUACUAAUAAUGACACUGGUCGUUCACAAGGCUUUGGCUUUGUGCAGUAUGAAAACGAAGAAUCAGCUCUCAAAGCCAUUGGUUAUUUGAACGGAAUGCUUCUUAACGAUGAGAAAAUAUAUGUAGGACCUUUUCUUCAGAGAGGUUCUCCAUACGAUAAGGGGAUCUUCACUGAUAUUUACGUCAAGAAUUUCUCCAAGUCAUUGGCUGAUGAAGAGCUUGAGAAGAUUUUUGGAGAGUUUGGACCGACGACGAACUGUCUGAUCAUAAGGAAAGGUGAAGUUCGUCAAGGAAAGUCUAAAGGCUAUGGUUUUGUUAGUUUUGAAAAUCCAGAGGAUGCUGAGAAAGCUGUUGAGGCUUUAAACGGGAAGAAGUUUGAGGACAAGGAGUGGUUGGUCACGAAAUCGAAAAUGACGUAUAAGAAUGGAUAUAAUUUGAAGCGAGGUUUGAAAUAUUACAUCAACAUAUCUCAGGGUUUGAACUACUUGUGUGUUAAGAAGCUGCAUAAAAGUGUAACUGAUGAAAUUCUCAAAGACUAUUUCUCUCCCUAUGGAACUAUAAUAUCAUGCAAGGUCAUGCAAGACUCUAGUGGAGUGAGUAGAGGAUCAGGCAUUGUUGCGUUUUCGAAACCUGAGGAAGCUUCUAAAGCUAUGGAGGAAAUUAAUUGGAAAAAGAAGAUAAGGAAACAAGUUUACGUGGAUUUAGCUAUGUCACUUGCAAAUGCAACUCCCGAACAGCAGAGAACCAAGUGA